AUGUCUUGCUGUACCCCACCCGUGUUCGUGUUGAUACUGCUGCUUCUUUCUAGUAUUGUGGUAUGCAGCGAUGCCUGGGCGUUGGUACCCACGACAACGCCGCGUCGUUGGGCACGGCGGACCCGAACCACACGAGGCCACCCAGGCGUUUCUCCAGAUCGCCGUCGGGUUUUCGUGGACAUGGUCGGUAGCCACCGAGACGCAGAGGAGCUCGUUGAAACUACGGAAACUAUCUACACUCCAGAAGAGCAACAACGAAUUGCGGAGAUACACGCCGAGGCGUCGGCAGAGAAUGGCACGCUCCGGGACGCUGUUCAGCAGGCUUUGCCCACCUUGCCACCCGGCUUGAUUCUGAAACUUGGUCGAUCCACCAGUCAUUCGCACGAAAGAGUCCAACAAGUAGCUUUGGAGCUCGAACACAUUAUGGAUGCCCGAGUCCAGCAAGCCAAGGAGACUCUCAAAAGUCUCCUGGACGCCGGAGAAAUCCGCAAACUGGAUAGUCUCAUUGGUCAAGCGCAACGCGACGGAAAACUUGACGUGCCUUUUUUUAACGUCAUACAGGCCAAUCUCCGAGACGCCAUGGCGACGGCCGAAGUAGCUCAAGAAGGAGAGGCGAACCGGGCGCAAGUACUACAACACAUCUACACCCGUUGUCAGGAAGAAAUGGAAAAGGCCAUUCCUCCCGGGGUCGCUCUGCUCAAUAAGGUACUCCGUACCGAGCAAGCCUCCAUUCGUAGAAACCUAUACGACCAUUAUCUAACACCACAGAAGAACGUUGUACGGACUCCGGACGGCCGAGAGGUCAAACUCCAAGGCGAAAAGCCCGUACUUGUACAGCUGGACACGUUUGUUUCCGCCAUUGCUGACGCCGUCAAGCAGAUUCGCACCGUCGAAGUCGCGGGAGCAACGGAUCGGGCGACGGCCGCCAACUUGGUAGAAUCGUGUCGGACGAUUGCCAAGGAGGCGCGCGUGGUCAUUGGAGAAAAGUAUGGGGUACCGUCGGACGAAUUGCAAGCCUUUGAACUUGGAUUGCAACCCGUCUUUCGACCGGACUCUCCCGAAAGUCCGUACGUCAAGGGAGAGACGUAA